AUGGAGGCACUGUCCGUCUCCAUUGUUGGCCUACUGCAGCUGCUGGGUUACUCGUACUUUAUGACACAGCCGGAGGAUCAAUGCUCACCAGCUCCUUGCCUGGGCAGCUGGCUCUUUCUGCUGGCCACGCUCUGCUUCCUGUGGGACCUGAGCAUAUAUCCGCGUCGCUUUAUGCACAUGGCCUGGCAAUGUCAGCUGAUAGUCGAGAUUGUGGCUGGCUUAUUUCUGGCCGAGAUUGCGAUGCUACGCAUUUGGUGCGGCCUCGAGCGAAUUAUCUAUUGGCUGACGGAGCAGCUAAUUCAUGAGCUGCGAAUGGACGACUGCCGGCACGAACUGCAUCAGUACUGCCUGCAUGGAUUGACCACCGUGGCGGUGAGCGGUGCAAUUGUGUGGUUUGUAAUCAGAGCUACCGAUGUACCCUAUUAUCUGGAUUGCUCUAUGCGCAAGAUAAAGCGCAACGGGCAGCAUAUGAUACGCAUCCUUGGCUGCAUUGGUCGCAUGAACAGCUGCGAGAGACGACGCACUCUGAGAGCCUGUAGGCGGGCCAUAUUUUCAAGAUACGGCGAGACUACCAGCUCCGAGGGGGAGGAAGAUGGCGACGGUGAUGGAGUCGAGUAUGGAAAUGGUAUUGCCGAUGAGGAGGAUGGGGAUGAAAUUGGGGAUGAGUAUGAGCUUGAUGAUGAGGUUGGGGAGGAGGAUGAGCUUGACGAUGAAGAUGGGAUUGAGUACGACGAUGAACAUAGCGAGGGGAAUGGAGAUGAAGAUGAAUAGCGAUUGAGAGCCAGCACUGACCAUGGCUGCGUGUCUAACCCACUAAACAAAUCAUGUGCCCGCAUUCGAUAGCCCACAUUGCUUUCCAUCUAUUUGGAAUUUAUAUUGCGAUUGCUGCAUAUCUCGACACGAUUUCUGUGCCACACGCAACGGAAAUUUACUUUUCCUCACUUUCGCCCCCAACAACCACCACGUUUCUAUUUCUUUUUUUCGGCUAUCUGUAACAAUAAAUUUUGUUGCACGAACAAACGGAGAAGCGGAAAAUAAAG